CUUCAGGGGAAGGAAGAUGGCUGCCACUGAUGGAGCACGGCGCGAGCAGCGAUUUUCAGACGUCUAAAACCAUCCGGCGCUCCCGGUGCUCCCCGAUCUGACGUGUGAGAGAGCAGGUUUCAGUUCAUGUGCGCCCCGGGCUCGAACCUGACGCGGAGAUCCCCGGACUGAAGGUCUUCCCCUGGACCCCCUGGACCCCCUGGACCGCCUGCUUCCCGGUGCUCCACCCUCCGCCUGCAGCCGCCAGCCUUUCUGGCCCAUGGACUUGAUCCCAGCGCCGGGCUUCAAACGGAGGCCCGCUGCCUCCUCCUCCCCGCCGGGAGGAGCCGGGGAAGCCGCCAGGAGCCCCCCUCCUCGCUCGCCCUCCUCGUCGGGGUCGUCUCCGUCGUCCUCGCCGUCCUCGCCGCUGUCCACCUCGUCCUCGGUCUGCGGCGUCGCGGCCGGCCGGCAGAACCAUGUAGCCGCCGGAGCAGAGGUGUCGAGGUCCCAGCACCCCCCCCUCAGACCGCUAACCCCCCACACCGCCAUGCAGCCCAGCGCCGACUACGACGAGGGACGACAGAGAGACAUGUACGAUCCCUAUCCCACCGAGGGAGAGAAGGAGUGUCGGGGGACGGUGGAGGAGGAGGUGGAAGGGGAGAAGUACGACCCCUUUGACCCCACCGGCUCCCCCGCCUCAGACGCAGACGACGACUGUGGAACAAUGGAAGUGUCCCUUAGAAAUGCUUCAAGAGAGGACGAUGAAGAGGAGGAGGAGGAGGAGAAGGAGGAGGAACCUCCCGACUCCACAGACGCCCUGAGCGAAGCCCCCCCCUGCCUGCCCGCCCCGCUGCCUCUGAGGAGGAGGGUGGACUGCUCGGCCCGGGCUGGGGGGAGGCGGGAGAACGACUCGGAGCACUCGGAGAUCGAGGAGGGGGAGAUCGUGGGGGCCGCCGACAGAGACCCCAACAAGAAGCGUUCUGCCGAGGACGGCCUGGCCCUCAACUCCCCCAGCGUCACCUUCUUCGGCUCCAAACCCGAGCGCAUCCUGCGCGUGCUGGACGGCGACGGGUUCGUGUCGGUGUGCACCGAGGGCAGCUGGGAGGCGGAGCGGGAGCUGGAGGACGAGCCCGUGGUGGGAGUGGAGGACCUGAGGAGAAAGCUGGUCAGCAGGAGGAAGGAGAGGUACCUCUCCUUCCCUGCUUCCUCUCCUCUCUCUCCUCAGCCGCCGCCGCCCGCCCCUCAUCCCCCGGCCUCCGCUUCCUCCUCCCCCCUCACGCCUCCCGCUGAACAAGGCGGCAAGAGCCGCAAGUCCUCCAAAAGCUCCAAAGACCGAGACCAACGGAAGAGCAAAGAGAGGAAGGUCGGGGACAAGGAGUCCCGGCGGAAGAAGAGGAGGAAGGACAAGGAGGGGCUUCCGGAGAAGAGCAAGGAAAAGGAGCGAAGCCACAAAGCCGGGAAGGACACGAAGGAGAGAGGCAGCAGGAGCAGCAGCCGCAAGAGGAAGAAGAGACGGCACAGCAGCCCCGAGGCGUCCCGGCGCCACCUCCUCCGCCAGAGGACGACGUCACGACGCUCCUUCUCCAGCCUGUCAGAGGAAAGACACAGAGACAGGGACAGAGACCAGGACCGGGACAGACACAAAGACAGGGACCGGGACCGGGACCGGGGCAGAGACCGAGACCGAGACCGAGACCGAGACCGAGAGAAGGAGCAGAGUCGCACCAGCAGCCAUCGAAGAGAGGACCGCGACGGAGACUCCGGCUCCAGGAAGCGGGAGCGGGAGCGGCGGGGGCGGGGCCGCUCCAGCAGCCGGGAGCAGGGCGCCGCCAAGAGGGCCAAGAGCAGCCACGAGAAGCGGGAGCGGGAGCGGGACCGGGAGCGGGAGCGGCGGAGGGACGGGCGUCCCGUCGUCCCUCCGUCCAUCCAGGACCUCAACGGCGCCGACCUCUUCGCCAUCAAGCGAACCAUCACCGUCACCACCACGACCACCACCACCACCGUGCCCGGCUCCCCCCGCCUCGCCCCCGCCUCGCCCUGCCGGCCCGCCCCGGACGCCGACAAGCCCCACAAGAGGAAGAAGAAGAGGAAGUGGCACUCAGGCGGAGAGGAGGAGGAGGAGGAGCGGCGGCGGCGGAGCGGCGCCAGCCGGUCGCAGUCCCUCUCGCCUCCCAGGUACCACAGCUACGAGUCCGACCGCUACUCCGACAAGCUGGAGAUCGACGUCCUGUCUCUGGACGGCGAGGCUCUGGACUCCGACUACCCGUCUCUGGAAGACACGCCUCCCGCCGCCCUGCCUCCGGAGCCGGUCGUCCCCAGCCCCAAAAGUAAAGCCGCCUCCAAGACCGGGCAGCAUCAUCCCAAAAAGAAGUCCCGCACGCUGAAGAAGAUGGUGGCGUCCGAAUCCUCCUCCUCCUCUUCGAAUCGGACUAAAAGCAAAUGCCUUUCCUCUCUGACGGUGACUUCGGGCUCCGCCGCCGUCCCACCCGGCCUCCAGUCCACGAAGAGGGCCAGGAAAGCGGGGAAGGAGAAGGAGCGGGACAAAGGCGGCAGGAAGGAGGUGAGCCGCACGGGCAAGUCCAAGAAGGAGGGCGGAGCCGGCCGGAAGGGCAAGCUGCAGUCCAAAGUGUCGGUGCUGGUCCGCGAGGGCGUGAGCAGCACCACGGGGGCCGCCGUCGGCUCCGGGAAGCUGGGGAUGGACCUGCUGGGGCCCGGCGGGGCGGGCGCCGGCGCGGGCUCGGUGGUGGGCGGGUCCAUCGCCGUGGUGUUCUGCAGGGACAAUGAGAGCAGGUCUCCGUUCCUCAAGCCGUGCGCCGAGCCGCUGUCUCUCGGCGGCCGCGGUAAAGAGCUGAGCGCUCUGGGGAAGCGGUCUGGCCGCUCCGCCCCGCCGCCAUCUUUAGCCAGUCCCGCCGGACUGAAGGCCAAGAAGGCCAAACCCAGCUCCAUCACCUCCACCUCGUCCUCCUCCUCCCCCUCCUCUUCCCUCGCCACCAAGCGCCGCCGCCGCCUGGCCAAGAAGACCAGGGAGAAGGGGGCCUCGGCGCUGGCCGCAGGAGACGGCCAAUCGAAGGGCACGCCCGACGGCUGGACCGCGGCUGCCGUGGACGUCCAGUCUGGAGUCGGAGACGGCGGGUCCGUCAGUCCUCAUCCUGGCCCAGUUGGACCCCCUCCCUGUUCGUCCUCCUCCUCCUCUCCUCUCGUCCACCAGCGUGCUCCCCCCUCCUCCUCGCCGCCGCACACCCCUCCACCAUCCGCCGCCCCUCUGAGGGACGCCAGAGAGUCCUCCCCCGACUCUCAGACCGUGGACAGCAGCUGAACCCCCGAUCCCUCUUUCCUGGGGGACUGUCCCACUCAGACCAGCCCCCCGCCCACGUCCAGUCCGUCCAGCCUGUCCACCCCGCAGGGCGCGGGACUCGGCAACGCCUUGUCCACGCCCGCCGCCAAGCCCCCGCCUCCGGACGACACCCCCAAGUCGCUGGCCUCGCCCCCCUGCUCGUCCUCCUCGGCCCUCUCUCUGCCUCUGUCUUCAUCCGACCCCUCCUCGUCCUCCUCCGUGUCCUCCUCGUCUGCCACCAAGCCCCUGCCCCCCCGCCGCCCCCGCCGCCCCCCCCCGCCCUGGAGUCUGCAGACGGGAGUGGACUGCACCACCGGAGGCGUCCUGGCAUUGACCGCCCUGCUCUUCAAAAUGGAGGAAGCCAACAUCGCCAGUCGAGCCAAAGCACAGGAGUUCAUCCAGGCUACGAGCCAGAUCCUGUCGCAGGCCAAUCAGAGCCAGUCUCAGCAGCUGCCCCCGCCGUCCUCCGCCUCCUCCUCGUCCUCCUCCUCUCAGAUCCCUCCCCCUCCGUCCCUGCCGCCCCCCCCCGGGCUGAGUCCGGCUCAGUUCCUCCUCCACGGCUCGCUGCCGCCGGCUCACCUGCACGCCUCCAUGGGCGGCGUGUGUGCGCAGACCCCGCCCCCCAUGCUGCCGCCGGGGCUGUCGGGGCUGGGCGGCUCGGGCGACUCCGGCUGGGACGGCGAGAGCAAAGACCCCGAUAAGUACCUGAAGAAGCUGCACACGCAGGAGCGAGCGGUGGAGGAGGUGAAGCUCGCCAUCAAGCCGUACUAUCAGCGCAAAGACAUCAACAAGGACGAAUACAAGGACAUCCUGAGGAAAGCCGUGCACAAGAUCUGCCACAGUCGCACCGGAGAAAUCAACCCGGUCAAAGUCAGCAACCUGGUCAAGCUGUACGUGCAGCGCUACAAAUACUUCCGGAAACACGGCCGCAAGAUGGACGAGGAGGAGCGGGAGGACCGGGAGCCGGGCCCUCUGCACUCCUCCUCCUGAUCGGACACUCUGCUUUUUUAAUAUAUAUAAAAUGAAUAUAUUCCCAGCACCCAGUGCUCCAGACGCGAGCCGCUCGUUCGUUUUCUUCUCCUUCUGACUGUAAAUACGUCUCCACACUCCACAAAACAGGCCUGCAAUAAACACAACCUGUGUUCACACACAUCCAACAGCUGAACUGUGACUGAACGAGUGCACACACACUCCUCCGUGUGUCUGUGUGUAAGUGUGUGUGUGUGUGUGUGUGUGUGCUGUGAGCUGAUCGUCUGCAUUUCGCCUCUCAGUCCUCCCCUGUGUAUUGUGUGUGCAUGUGUUACGCAGGUUGAAGAAGUUGCUAAAUCUCUUUAUUAAAACGACCAACGGUAUAAAAGUUCA